AUGACGUCAUCAGUUGUGGUGAAAAGUGGUGCGUGGGUUGGAUUUACUCAACCGAAUUAUGAUGGAUAUCAAAGUCUGUUCCUUAAAGGGAGAUAUACCCUUUCUGAUGCACCAAAUGAUAAAGGUGGAUUUAAGAAUGACGUCUUGUCUUCCUUCAGCAAAAUCAGCAUGAAACCAUCAGCACCAGGUAAAAUGAAGCUGCUAAAGAUUGAUUAUGACCAGGAGAAGGCAUGUACCAGCAGGACCCCCACAUCCGUAUUCAGGUGGAUGCAGGAGAACAAUGGCUCGAUUGCGCAGACUGUACUUAAACAAGAAGAAGUAACCAUUAAAAGAGAAGCAACUUACGAGUUCAAAUGGGACAGAGCAGCUAAAGUAUCUGCAACAAUGACAGCAAAAACUCAAGUUCCAUUAAUUGGAAAAACAGGAAUCAGUAUGAGUACUGAUAUGUCCGUUAGUAUGGGCAGCACUGCAGGAUCUAAUAAGUCAAAAGCUGAAGAAUGGGUUCCAGAAUAUCCGUCAAAAAUCAAACCAUGUACUAGAUCUACAGUAACGUCGACCUUAACCCAAGGAAAUAUCAGUAUUCCAUUUACCGCCUUAUUGUGUGAUGAACACAACACAGAACGCACAAUGAUAGAAAAGGGCGUGUUUUAUGGAUGUCAGUACUUUAAUUUCCAAACUGAAUGCAAAGACACAAAACUACCAACAGCAAAGCCUAAAUAAACGUUUUGCCUUUGCUGUGUUGUGGUAGUGCUUUCUGAAUUUCAAACAAUCGUUUCUGUUUGUUUUUAACAA